UUGCAGAAAAUGGUUUUCUGAGUCAGUUGGGCACAACGGGCAGCUCUCUUGCUUGAGGAAUAAUAAGGGAAUCUCCUUUUCUCUUACUCUAUUUAUAACCACUUUGUGGAGCCUCCAAUGCAAAUUGCUGCCCAGCUGAGACCCUCAUCUUGAGAAAAACUUUUCUUGGUGGGUUUUUGGAUUCUCUUUCUCCUAUUGGAAUGUUUUGAGGGAUAAAAUUUUGGUGGGGAAAAAGAAUGUUUGGGUUGUUGGAUUGUUGCCUCUCAUGCUGUGAUAGUGUUUAUGAAGAGUUUGCAGAGGAGCCAAAGCCUUUUUCUUUGCCUUCUCCCCUCCCACAAUGGCCUAAAGGUAAAGGUUUUGCUACCGGAAAGAUAUGCCUAGGAGAAAUAGAAGUCGUUAAAAUCACAAAGUUCGAUAAGAUAUGGAGUUGCACCCCUUCGCGUGGAAAGGCUGAGGGAGUGACUUUUUAUAAACCUGUUGGGAUUCCAGAUGGAUUUUUCAGCCUUGGUCACUACUGUCAGCUGAGCAACAAGCAAUUGAGAGGCUACAUCCUUGUAGCCAAAGGCGUACCAAAAGAUACCACUUCAGCUGAUCAUAGCCAGGAUUCAGAAUUGGACUCUCCGGCUCUUGAAAAGCCUCUUAACUACAGUUUAGUUUGGAGUAAAGAUUCUCGUAACGAUGAAUGCGGUUAUAUUUGGCUACCGAAUCCUCCAAAAGGCUAUAAACCGAUGGGCUUUGUGGUUACGACUGAGCCUGAUGAACCUGAUCCUGAGGAAGUAAGGUGCGUUCGAGCUGAUCUCACUGAAAGUUGUGAAGCGGACGAGAUUAUAUUUGAUUCAAAUUCAUUUUCCUCGAGGGACGAAUUUUACAUUUGGAAUACGAGGCCCUGCAGUCGAGGAAUGCUCUGUAAAGGUGUCCCCAUUGGUACAUUCUUCUGCAGUCGAGACAAGAGUUCCGAAGAUGAACUAAGUGAUAUGGCUUGUUUGAAAAACCUUGAUUCUUCUCUACUUGCGAUGCCGAAUCUAGACCAGAUUCAUGCUCUGAUUAAGCACUAUGGGCCGACACUUUACUUCCAUCCUGACGAAGCUUACUUGCCCUCAUCAGUUUCUUGGUUCUUUAAAAACGGAGCUCUUCUUUACGAACAGGGAAGGGAUACAGGUUUAGCCGUUGAUUCUAAAGGCUCCAAUUUGCCCGGUGGUGGAUGGAAUGAUGGAGAAUUCUGGCUUGAUUUGCCUGAUGAUGAUGAUGGUCGGGACUAUGUCAGGAGCGGUAACAUCGAGAGCGCUGAGCUUUACGUUCAUGUAAAACCAGCUUCCGGAGGGACUUUUACCGACAUUGCCAUGUGGAUCUUUUGCCCCUUCAAUGGUCCAGCCACCAUAAAAGCUGGACUGUGGAGUUAUACAUUCAACAGAAUAGGUCAACAUGUUGGCGACUGGGAACAUUUUACUCUCCGUUUGAGCAACUUCAACGGCGAGCUUUGGAGCGUGUACUUUUCAGAACACAGCGGUGGUGAAUGGUUGGACGCCUCUGAGUUGGAGUUCAUUGAAGGCAAUAAACCAAUCGUAUACGCAUCAAAACAUGGCCACGCCAGCUUCCCUCACGAGGGUUGCUACAUUCAGGGCUCGACCAAACUUGGAGUGGGAGCAAGAAACGACUGUGCUAAAAGCAAAUACUAUCCCCAUGUUGAGUAUCCCCUGGGGGGUGCCUGACGGGCGACGCACCUGGAGGGCGACAAACCGCGUGUUCUUAGUGUUGGUUUGCAGGGUUCGGAUCAAUGGCGUGAUGAGAUCGCUGAUGAGCACGCGUACCAUACCCACCAGGACGUCCCGGAACCAGGAGACCGUGUAGAUUUCGACGGUCACGGUGGCGGUUUCGGAGUGGAGCAGCUCGUUGGUGAGACGGAAGACGAACUUGUCGUUCCACAUGGGGUUCUUGUUGCCCUGUUGGUCGGUUCGGGUGGUGUGCUUCUUGUUGGGGUUUAUCCAUGCCAUUGCGUAUGUCUGCAUUGAUUUAGAAAUUGGAGCCAGGUCCUGAGCAGAUAUCAGACUAAUCUCGAGGAGAUAGAAAGAGGCCGCCGACGACGACGACUGAGUGUGGGAGGAGACGCAGGAUUCGGUCACGGUGGAGGAGGGCGUCGGGUUUGGGAUCGGUUGAUCCAUCCCCCGUCCGUGACACCGAUGGGAUUACCACAAAAUGAAGUCGAGAGAUGGGGCGCCGAGAGAAAGAAAGAGCGCAGUUGUUUUGUUGAUGAUGAUGCAUGGUUGCAAGUUAUGGAGAGGGGGUAAGUUUUUGUUGUUGAUGAUGUUUCUAGACCAUUGCUUCUCAAUCUUGAUUAUUUUCCAUAAUUGAUUGGCCUCCAUUUAGCAAUCUCUUGUUGCGGAAAUUACUCCUUCCUUAUUUUUAUGAUGUACACAUAUUU